UGUCGUUCUGCCUGCUUAGGAAAUUCAUGGGACUUUAAAUUUCGCACCAGGACACUGGUCCACCGAGGGGGGUCAGUGAGGUUUUGCUGUCUCCAUGAACUCCACAUGAGAAGAGAGUGAGCAGAACUUCUGUGAACUGCACUGACAUUUAUUUUGCAAGUGCAUGGUUCUCAUUGCUAUUGAGGACAGUUUUUGUCAAAGUCGUGAGCUUGCCCUGUGAAAUAGGAAUAAUGACUGUUUCCAAUGCCAGGUCUGGCACAGCCAUGCAGCAGGUGCUGGAUAAUCUCAAAGAGCUGCCCCCUUCAACAGGAGCCAAAGACAUCGACCUCAUCUUCCUCCGUGGCAUUAUGGAAAGCCCUAUAGUUUGUUCCCUAGCUAAGGCUCACGAGCGAUUGGAGGAAGUUAAGCUGGAGGCGGUGCAGAGUAAUAACGUGGAACUAGUAAGCGAGAUAUUGUUGGAUAUGAGCAGUCUGAUUGGUCAUGAUGAGAGCGCAGCAGAACUUUGUAAGAUUCUUAAGGAACCGCACUUCCAGUCACUGUUAGAAGCUCAUGAUAAGGUGGCCACAAAAUCAUAUGAAGCGCCUCCCACCAGCACCAACUCCACCAGCAUAGUCCCUCAUACCAUCUCUUCGCUCAUGCCUGCUGACAUGGUUCGCAUGAUCAGCAUCCAGAAGAAGGCUGGAGAGCCACUGGGUGUAACAUUCCGGGUGGAGGAGGGCGAACUUGUCAUCGUGCGUGUUAUGCAUGGCAGCAUGAUUGACAGGCAGGGGAUGCUACAUGCAGGUGAUGUGAUCCGGGAGGUAAAUGGCAGAGAGGCAGGCAAAGACCCCAUGGCGUUACAGCACAUGCUGAGGGACUGCAAUGGAAGUAUUACCCUGAAAAUCCUGCCCAGCUACAGGGAUACACCCCCACCCGUACAGGUGUAUCUGAAGCCACAUUUCAACUACAAUCCUGACACAGAUAACCUGAUCCCGUGUAAGGAGGCGGGCCUGACUUUCUUUAAAGGUGACAUUCUGCACAUAGUGAACAAGCAGGAUACCAACUGGUGGCAAGCAUGCAAGAUAAAUGGAGGACGUACUGGCCUGAUCCCCAGUCAGUUUCUUGAGGAGAAGAGGAAGGCGUUUGUAAGGAGAGACUUGGAUGGUUCAGGAUUUCUCUGUGGGACAUUAACUGGGAAAAAGAAGAAAAAGAAAAUUAUGUACUUAACAGCAAAGAAUGCAGAAUUUGAUCGCCAUGAGUUACAGAUCUAUGAGGAAGUAGCAAAGAUGCCUCCUUUUCAGAGAAAAACUCUGGUGCUGAUUGGUGCUCAAGGUGUGGGACGACGAAGUCUCAAGAACCGUCUUAUAGUGUUAAACCCUUUACACUAUGGAACUACUGUACCUUUCACUUCUCGCCCUCCACGUGAUGAUGAAAAGGACGGCCAGUCAUAUUGCUUUGUGUCUCGGGAGGAGAUGGAGGCGGAUAUUAAGGCGAGUCGCUAUCUCGAGCACGGAGAGUACGACAGCAAUCUUUAUGGAACAAAAAUUGACUCAAUCCAUGAAGUUGUUCGCACGGGUCGCACCUGCAUACUGGACAUCAACCCCCAGGCGCUGAAGGUGCUAAAGACUUCAGAGUUUAUGCCAUUUGUGGUCUUCGUCGCUGCUCCAGAGCUGGAUACACUACGGGUCAUGCACAAAGCUGUGGUGGAUGCUGGGAUCACAACCAAACUACUGACGGAAACAGACCUAAAGAAAACAGUGGAUGAAAGUGCAAGGAUCAAACGUGCUUACAAUCACUACUUUGAUCUGACUAUAGUUAAUGAAAAUCUGGACAAAGCCUUUGACAAACUUCAGGCAGCUGUGGAGCAGCUGAACACAGAACCUCAGUGGGUCCCUAUCAACUGGGUUUACUGAGUCACACGGCAGUCCAGGCAACACAUCACUAUCAGGAUCAUUACCAUCAUCAUCCAUAUAAUUUCCAUCAGCAUUAUUAAAGAGAGACCGAUUAUUUUUACAAUUAAGUGUCUGAUAACUGAUAGAAUUGAAAAUCAGUUCAGCAUAUUUAUGUCUUAUUAUUGAAACAAUAAUAAAAAAAUUAUUAGACUACAACAAUAAAACCAUAAUAUGCAUAAUGAAUAUUUUAAUAAUAGUAAGAAUUAUUAUUAAUUUAUGUGCCAUUAUAUUUAUGUGGUUUUGCAAUCUAAAUAGUCACAAAUUUUAGUUUGGGUCUGUCUUAAUUAUUAAGCUGAAAAUACUAUGAGACUCUCACUUGAUAAUGAAUGCUUAUUGCGUUAAAAUUUACUUUACCUGUGAUCACCAUUAUUUUCUUUUGAAUACACAGUGGUGUUGUGGCGUUGAUGGGUUUAAGAGACCCAGCAAAUGGUGCCAUUUAUCAGUAGAUCCGAUAGUAAAGAACCAACAGACGUCUAGGAAGAAAAGUGUGAAUAUCGGUAAAAAAUAUCAAGUCAAAUCAAUUAGAAGUGUAUCUCUUAUCAUCUUCAUUAGCAUCAUAAUUUUCAUCUUCAUCACCAUUACAAUCAUUAUCAGUCAUUGGUCCUGUGCAGGUGCCAUCUGCUGGUCCAGGCCAACCCAGUCACUAUGCAAAUGUGCAUGACAUCCAGUCAUGACAUAAGUGUACUUAUUUAUUACCUUUUUUUUCUACUGACUAAGUGUGUUUUAAGAAUGUUACUUGGAGAGAAAAUGUUGACUGAAACAAAUAGGAAUUUUUUUAAUUGUCAUUAAAACUGUAAUUUUCCACAUAAGCUGAAUUGCAGUGGUUUACAAUUGGUUAUUUUAGCGUUUCGAAAGAAGUGGUUUACAGUGCAGGUUUCAUCUCAUUGAUGUAUCUGAAUCUUUUAGAAACAUGCUCACAUGUAGUUCGGUCACAACAGUAUGUCAAAGAAUUUAAGCAGCUUUAUAGUUAAGCCAGCUUCUGACUUGCACACAUUAUUUAUUAGUGUCAUCCUUUUAGCCUAUUGGAUUUAGUUUUAAUUCAAGUAACGCUAUGAGUAAGCCAAUUUUGACUUGUCAUCGUUUUUAACAGUUUGCUGUUGCUGAAUUCUAUGAUCUGCAUCGUGUUGCUUGUCAAAAUGUACAAUGUCCUAUUGUCCUAGUAUGCAGAAUCAGCACAGUAUUUAGCUUACUGCCUAGAACACUGCCACAAAAAAUAACCCUUAAAUAUUGAAUAGAUCAUCUGUCAUAAUCACAAGCAACUUGAUCUCUCAGAUUUCUAACUCUUAAUUACUUCAUGGCCAUAUUUAGUGAUGCACGUCUGUCUAUAGGUGCACUAGACCCCGGAAAUCGGAAUAGAAGUCCAUGUUUCAGAUUGCUCCAAUGUCAUUUCCAAACCUGUAUACAAUUUUUAUCUAGUUUGUGUAUUCACUUGAAAAUUCUAUAUUUUGCAAUACAGAGAGUUGUAUUUUCUGAAAUUAAACUGCUGUCUAAUAAAUUAAUCU